UACGCAUAGUUCUGUUGUAUCUUGACGAGAAAGCGAGACGUACAACUGUGAACGGCCCAUAUUAAUCCUUACAAAUUUAAUAACAAAAUCAUCGAAGUCUCUGCAAAUAUCUCCAUUAUAUAUACACACAACACACCUAUACAUACACACACCUAUCUCUCUUAUUCUUCUUCUUCUCUACGCAACAGAAUAUUCUUCUUUCCUAUCCUCUUCUCCGAUCAAAUUUCUCACCGGCGACAACACACGAUGGUACGGUACCUCGCCGGAGCAGUGGCGCUCCUGGUCGUAGUUUCAAUCUCCGCCGUCGUGGAGAGCCGCCGGGAUAUUGUAGGAGACGUGCUGAAGUUGCCGUCGGAGGUGUCGAGCUUUUUCCGGCCGGUCGCCGAGGAGGAGGACUCUGUAGGGACGAGGUGGGCGGUUCUUAUCGCUGGAUCCAACGGUUACUGGAAUUACAGACAUCAGGCUGAUAUAUGUCAUGCCUAUCAACUCUUGCGGAGAGGGGGUGUCAAAGAAGAAAAUAUUGUUGUUUUCAUGUAUGAUGACAUUGCAUAUGAUGAAGAGAAUCCUAGGCCUGGAGUAAUAAUUAACAGCCCUCAUGGUUCUGAUGUAUAUAAAGGUGUUCCAAAGGAUUACACUGGUGAAGAUGUUACCGUCAACAAUGUUUUUGCUGCUAUUCUUGGCGACAAAUCUGCUACUACUGGAGGGAGUGGGAAGGUUGUGGAUAGUGGUCCAAAUGAUCACAUUUUCAUAUACUACUCCGACCAUGGCGGCCCUGGUGUACUCGGGAUGCCAACCAAUCCAUACAUGUAUGCUGGCGAUCUAGUAGAUGUCUUAAAAAAGAAACAUGCUUCUGGAACAUAUAAAAGCAUGGUAUUUUACCUUGAAGCUUGCGAGUCCGGAAGUAUCUUUGAAGGUCUACUUCCUGAAGGUUUAAAUAUCUAUGCAACCACUGCCUCUAAUGCAUAUGAGAGCAGCUGGGGAACCUAUUGCCCGGGAGAGUAUCCCAGCCCUCCCCCAGAAUAUGAGACUUGUUUAGGAGACUUGUAUAGUGUUGCGUGGAUGGAGGACAGUGAUAUACACAAUUUACGCACAGAGACACUACGGCAACAAUAUCAACAGGUCAAAAAGAGAACUUCAAAUGACAAUUCAGGUUGGGGUUCCCAUGUCAUGCAAUAUGGUGAUCUCAAGCUUAGCACAGAGGAGCUUUUCAUGUAUAUGGGGACAAAUCCUGCAAAUGAUAACUUCACUUUUGUGGAUGAUAACUCCCUUCGAUUGUCAUCUUCGAAAGCUGUUAAUCAGCGGGAUGCUGAUCUGUUACAUUUUUGGGACAAGUACCGCAAGGCUCCUGAAGGCUCUGAUAGGAAGAUCGCAGCUCAGAAACAGUUUUCUGAAGCUAUGUCACAUCGAAUGCACCUAGAUAACAGUAUACAACUUAUAGGAAAACUCCUGUUCGGUAUUGAUACUGCUUCUGAGGUGCUCACAACAGUCCGACCUUCAGGGCAACCUCUUGUUGAUGACUGGCUCUGUCUUAAAAAACUGGUUAGGACAUUCGAAACAUAUUGUGGAUCCUUAUCCCAGUACGGGAUGAAGCACAUGCGAUCCAUUGCUAAUAUCUGCAAUGCUGGGAUCAGUGAGGAGCAGAUGUCCGAGGCAUCAGCACAAGCUUGUGUAACGUUCCCUAGUAAUCCAUGGAGCUCUGUCAACAAGGGAUUUACUGCAUGAUUACACACCCACCUAAUGGCCAUCACCGACUGAUUGCAUCUCGGAUGUGAUCUCAAGUAUCAGUCCAGGGUCGUCGUCAUUUACUAUCACUUAACGGCCUUGUAUAAAUGCAAAACUACCAAGUUAAUCCCCUUGUAAAAAUGCAGAAAGUGGGUAAUGUAAAUAUAGUUGGUAAAUCUCUGCAUGUUUGUUUGUAAUGGAAGUUGCUUUAGCCAUAGCCUAUAGGCUGUAUGUAUUAUUAAUGCUACAUGCUCCAUGUAUGACCAGCAAGAUGGCAAGUUUGUCCAGUAUAUAUGCAAUUUUAUGGCCU